AAAACUAUUGAGUAAUAAACUAAAAUACACAGACUGAGACACGAACACAAAAAGAGGCAGACUAAAGGGAACAAUAAUUUGGUUUAAAAGAGAUCUUUACGAUGUCUUUUAAGAAGGCACGUUUAACCACGCAUUUUUUGCAAGACAGCAACCUGUCGAUUGUUCCCAUUGGUAAGAGAUCUAUCAAUAGGUGCAUAAAGGUGGUGCAAGGAGAGCAUGAUGGUUCCGAGGGCAGUGUGUUGAAGGAGCUGCUGCUAUUGGAUGAUGCAUUCCGUGUAUACUUUAAGAAAUGGCUCAGCGAGCAGAGUCUGCAGCGCAUGGCGGCGGAAAAGCUGUGGAAACUGUCCAAGGAUUACAGCAUGCAGGUCGAUAUGAAUUGCGCAGCUCCAAAAUAUCCCUCUGCCGAUAUUGAAGCGAUAGUUAACAAGUAUCAAGUGCAUUAUCAGAUCAUACUCAGUUCAAAUUCCGCACUGAGUCGUGACCUGACCUCAUUACGUCGGAAUCUAUUGGCAUUUCGUCGGGAGUCUGGCAAAUUGGAUUUGAGUGAGAAUAGUACUUUCAUUUUGGGGGAUACUUUCCACAAGCCCAUCAAAUUUUUCAUUGAUUUGGCUGAGGAAUUGUUUAGUUAUUUCCAUUGCAGUUAUUUGAAGUUGGAUUGUGGAUCACGGCACCUGGAUCCCUCGGACUUGGCAGCCGUCGAGAACUAUCAAAAGAUACUUGCACCUUGCGAGGAGUUUGAGGACUAUCUGACGCAUAAUCUCGGCUACUGUCAAUGCCUGCGUCCAUCGCAGCCGUGUCCGGAGAUGCCAAAGCACUCCUCAUUCAAACCCAAAGAUGCCGACGAUCUCAUGCAUCGGGCCAAGCAGAAACGAUGUGCUCUACGUCUGGCCAAGAUGUCAGCGACACAUGAUAAUGAAGAUGUCCAAGAGGCUUCAUCCAGGGAUGAUAGCACUGUACUCAACUUGGAGCAUGAGCUCCGUAUGCAUCAGCUGAGCAUGCGGCUGGCGUUGCUGCGUCAGUCGAAUGGGGCAAUCAACAUGGGGCAUGAACGGGAUCUGGUCGAGCAAAUGAUCUAUGCCUUGAGUCCAUCCCUGAUGCCAGAUGGUUAUCAAGCACCUCGUGGAUUUUCCUCAUCUACAUUCAAUAUUCAACCUCGUUCACAUGGCAUGUCGCAUCACGAUAUAUAACAUACUCCGUAUGUGCCACAACGUGUUGCAGCUUUCAUUCGCUUGGUUCAGUCAUAAAUCUCAGUUGCCAUUCAAAUUACAAACUGCAUAUUAACUGCCCAAAUACACGUGAUUUCAUUCUCAAAUAAACAUGGCCAACAAAUUUGCAUGUAAAUUUAAAUGCAACAAUGAG